AUGCCUCCUGUUAUUAACCAUGCCGCCCUCGCAUCCGCAGGCGCUGUUGCCGUCUCCGUCGCAGUAGCCGCUGCCAUCGCCCUCUACGAGUCUCCCGAAUUCCGCCGUCUCUCAGAGGAUGUCCGACGCCGUAUCGCCAUCGCCCUCCAGUCCCUGAGCGAGGGCAUUGAGCACCCCGGGCGCCAGCCCAGGUUCAACCGCCCAGAGGACGCCGAGGGAUUCUACGAGUCCAGUCGGGAUGUCGGUGCCGAAGCAGGCGUCGAUGCCGAUGAAGAGUCGCGCCGUCGACAGCGAGAAGAGCUGAUGUAUUGGAACGCUGUCCGCCUGGAGAAGCAGGACCCCGAAAAGAAAGAAGCCGAGGGGCUCUCUGCAUCCCCUUCGGAACGUCCCACUCAUACCCGAGGCUCUAGCUUCGACGAUUUCCUGCGUCAAGAUGAGAAUGGGGAGAAGGGCGCCUUCGUCUUCAACACAGGCACCGACGCUCGCAGCAACGGAGACAACCUCCUGCGAAAUCGAAAUCGGCAUGAAGGUCUUCGCAGUCUGAACCCGAACCCGGAUGUCUACGCGAACCCUUUUGCCGACGAGAACCAGAUCGACCUCCACGAGCUUCCCACCGACACCAAUCGGCAUGAUACCGCACCCCGCGACGACGAGGGAAUGUCCGAUAUCUACAGUGCAACCACUCGCGGCCGCGAAGAUACGCCCCAGGAUACCGCCACCCUCGCCUCUCCCCAUCAACCCCCCGAUGUCAUCGAAGUAGAGGACCGCAGCACAACCUGGUCCCAGUCCGAGCGCUCAGUCACCCUGGACGGCGAGCUCGGCCCGGACGAGUACAUGACGGCGGGCCAGGACGACCGCGGCCAAGACGAGGCUUAUUCCUCCAUCCAAGCAUGGGCCCAGGGCUCGGCCACCACCAGCUUCUACUCGCCCCUCCCCAUGUCUCCUGCACCUCCCGAGUCCGAGCCCGAGAGGAUUAGCGAGGGCAUGGCGACGCCGACCGAUUCGGUCUCGCUGGCUGGGACGGGCGAGGACAUUGCCAACGACGCCGCCUCGUCGAGGGCGGGGGAGACGGGAAGGGACUACGACGUGCUGAGCGAGAGCGAUACUGGCAUGAUGACGCCUUCCAGCUGGUCGGAGGUAGGAAGCGUCAUUAGCGAGGCCGAAAGCGAGGCCGAUUCACACCCUGCGCGCAAUGCCCCCAUGCCUGCUUCAUGA